AAGUGUAAACGUCAAAAAUUUUCAACGAAAAUAAAUCACUGUACAAAAACUUGAUUUUUUACGAUAAAUUACAAUUCGAUAUGUUUUUUGCAAAGAUUCUCUAAAUAAGUUCGAUAUUAGAAGGGUUAUCGACACUUCGAAAUGGUCACAAUAAUCAAAAACCAGCUAUUGAAACACUUAUCCAGAUAUACAAAGAAUUUAUCACCAGAACAAAUAUCAUUGUCAGCCCUUCGAGGCUCUGGUGAGCUUCAGGAUUUGACCUUAGAUGAAGAUUUAUUGACAGAAUUGUUAGAACUUCCUGGCUGGGUGCGCUUGACGUCAGCUAAGUGCAACCGUGCCUCUUUUAGAAUACAAUGGACCAAGCUAAAAACAGUACCCAUUGUUUUGAACUUAGACGAAGUGCACAUAGCAUUGGAAGUAUGUGCGGAGCCGCGGGUGAUGAAUCCCAAUGCGGCAGCGGCUAUGCCUGUUCCUGGGAAAUAUAGUUACAUACAUAAGGUCAUAGAUGGGAUCUCAGUGGCUGUGAAUCAUGUUCAAAUAGAUUUUAAUUGUGAUGCAUUCACCAGUAGUGUUCAGAUCUCAAGAGUGACGGUAGAGUCACGCACACCGGAUGGCAGAAAGGGUGAUCUAAGACUGACUAGAAUCAAGUCACCCGACACAGGACAGCUUCUUAUAUUUAAGGAAUUGGAGUGGCAAAGUGCCAGAAUAGAGGCGAAGGCUCAUGGGGUAGCGGCCGCUAAUUUGCCGCCUUUGCGUCUUCUACUUGGAACAACGCAUUGCCGGAUUGUGAUUAAGAAACGUCUGGCUGAUUGUGCCGUGCUCGGUUCGCGUUUAGUAUUGCGCCCUGAGCCGUUGGCGUGGGCGUUAACGGACGGACAGUUACGUGCAGCGGUCGCGUGCGCGGCCGCAUUGGCUGGACCAGUACAUAGAGCGACGCAGCUUGCUACUCGGACUAAAGCAGCUAAAAAGAUAGAAGAACCAUUGCAGCAAAUAUCGAGCCGAUCUAGUUCAAGCGAGCGGGACAUACUCGCUCGAAUGUUCGCUAAACAUGACGUACGAGAAACUUCUUACCAUUUGCUGGCACCGAGGAUCGAUUUACAUCUGUGUGAUGAUCCAGGAUUGGGUAGAUCAGAAAUGCCUCAACUGGCGAACGGCGGUGCUCUUCAAGUGACGCUGGUCAGUAUGCAGGCGGAUCUCUUCCCCUAUCACAAGGCUUCUGAUGAUAGAAGGCAUUGGAGGGGAUAUAGAGAAGCAGCAACUCCUCACAGUCAGUGGUUAUCGCAGGCUCUGUCGUCUUUCUGUGGAUCUCUGUUGGAUCUCUUAGAUCCCAAGCCGGUCACGCCCAGUGCAAAGCCUAGCAGUAAAGAAGAAAAAAAUGAAGAGUCGCUACCGAACGGCGUAAGUCACAAGCCGGCCUCGCAGACAUCCGCUUCUAAUGCUCCGUCCACACAAACUACCUCACAAGCAUCGCCAACAAGAACGAGAAUACUCCAGGAGUUGGGCAAACUGAUGACUACUUGCUUAGUUUUAAGAAUAGAUGACUUUACGGUUUACAAGGUAUCAACAGGUUCUAAGUCGAGGGAAGCCCCUCGACCACUUGUUAGCGCAGAAAAGGCCACAUUGCCCGGUGAUGCUGGCCUUUUACACGCUGAACUCACUUUCUUCUAUUAUCCGGGAGAUGUAUGCUUUCCUGUGCCAUCACCAAAAAUGUACGUACAAGUGUCGCCUGUGCGCGUGAACGUAGACGUACCGAGUAUAGUAUGGUUAACGGCGUUCCUUCCGCAUGUGGCCGCUGCGGUUGCUUCGACGAGUACAGAUGACUCAUCCACAUAUAUGGAUGUACGGUCGGAAGUUAUUAUGCCCAAGAUAGUGUUAGAAGCAGGCCCGGAACAUAUAUCCCAACAGCGUGACAGGCCCAAGGAGUUGCACGUUUGUACUGCACGGGUUACAUUCACAAAUGUACGGGAAUCAGCAAGAGCUAAUACAGCUGGCACAAGAGCGGAUUUAGCGUCCAUAAUCGCCGCUUUACGUCGCCUCACUCCACGCGGACAUUUUCCAUGCGCAGACGACGAUAUGGACCCCAUACACCAGCAGUUUGUUUUACAUGCAGACAGUCUAGACGACAUAGACCGCGGCAAUACAGUGACUCCUGAAUUACUUUGGCGCGAGAAUCGUUCAAUUUGGUGUGCAAGAGCUGAACCUCUAUGGAUCGACUUCAGCGGCGCAAGAGCUACUAAUUAUAAACCCUCACCUCUGCUUGACGCUACGCCUUUGACCGCUUGGUUAUGUUUUGAAGACGGCUUCAAUCGUAUCUGGAUGAUUGGCCGGACCUGUGGUUUGGCUGGUUUACAAAUUAACCACUACCAGCUACUGUUUCUACUGAGACAGUUGGAGAAGCUCUCGGAACUAGCAGCUUGGCUCUCGCACCAGGCUGGGAGGAUGCCUGAGGAUCCUGGCACAAUUGUGGUAGGAAUGGUGGUUCCAGCUGUGGAAAUGACGUUAGUGCUUCCAACGAGUUGUCCCGGACAGGAAACCUCUUCCAGAGAUCUGGAUAGCGUUCCACUGGACUCAUCCAGCUUACAGGACCUGAAAAUGGGCACCUCCCUAGGUUCCGAAUCCACGAUGGCUCCGUCAAUGAUGGACAGAGAUAGCGGGGUUCUAGCAACGCACUCUAUAGAAGUGUGCACGGCGCAGCCUUUGCCCGCUGAAGAACUAGCACCGCCCAGCCCUGGCCUUGGAUUUAGCAGUUUCUCGUCCAUGCGUCGAGGUCUGACAUCUCUAGUGACGUCAAUUGACAGCGCCUUGACCCGUGAUGAGGGCAGAAGUGACGCCGCAUCAACGGCGAGUUCUGACAGCGAGCGAUAUGUCGUUGUGGGACUUGCUGCUGAAUCACCCUUGGAUGCUGAUAUGGCAUUCAGGGAAUUUGAACACGGUCGCACUUGCAACAGUGGUGUGGAAAUGGCUGCGGAGGUGGUGGAAAGAUCUUCGUCACCUUCAGACCACUCCAUCACCAGCUCGUGCAAACGGAGAGAUUUGAUUUCAACGUGUACUUGGCGUCUGAACAACAUCUUCCUGGUGCAACAAAGUGUUCCGGGAAAAACGUCUUUACGUCUUACAGCAGAUGACCUUAACUCCGACGAAUGCUCUUCCAUGCCUUGGGAUGAAUUUCAGAGCAAAUUUUCAAUGCGUGCUCGGGCUUGGAACGAACCUGUUGCAAGCGAAGAUGACGUGAAACCGCGGGACAGUACGAAGAUAGCUGCUAGGCUUGUUAGGAUUGAACAGCCCAGAGAGUUGAAUGACAAGGGUGAACCAUCUGGACUGGCAGCAUUUGAAGAGUUACUUGAAGCUCAGAUUAAAGACUUGAGCAUGUCCUUAAAUAUGAGUACAGCACUUGCUCUGUCGGAAUUUAUUGAGGAUGAGGUGAUUGCACCCCCUGUGCCUUUGGAAGUUCUAAUAUCCAAUCUAAAACUCCACCUAAUAGAAGAUAGACCGACCAGGUCCAUUUCUUCCCCACCACCACAGCCGUUAGACUUGGAUUUAACUACCCUUCGACUCACGCGGGACAUGAAAGGCAUUGUCCACUUGGGACCGCCACAAGUUGAACCUCCUAAGCCACAGAAUCCACCAGAAUUGAAAGAGGCCAAAAAGGAGAUUGAGAGGUUGAAUAAGGAGAACGAGGAGUUGAGGAAACGGCUCGCUACUAUGGACAGGAUUUCGGAGGAUAAUCGGGAGUUGAGGGCUGUAGCUGAAGAAGUGUCGGUAUUGCGUCAUUGUGCACGCGCAGCCCAACAAGAAGCGGCGAACCUUUUAGCUGAUAAACAAGAAUUGUUGGAAAGUUUGCGAUUGAUGAUGGAACAAAAUAUGUCGACAACCUCCCGUGGGAAGAGGUAGCGUUCACCUUGCUCGCUGGACUGUACGGCGUGCUGUCGACAUACCAAGGAUUAGGCAUAUAUGUUCAACAAAAUUGAACUCGGGUAGCAGUUUAGUCGACCAUUAAUAUAAAAGUACUAUAAACAUUAUUUAGCAAAAUAUGUACUGGAUGUUGUGGGACUAUGGUUAAGGUGAUUUGUAAAACGGUUGCCAUGGUAACGGUUAAAUGAAGCCAUUUCUAGUGUAUUUUUCAGAAUGUGACAUAACCUAACUAUUUGAGGUUUAUAGUACGUUUUAGAAUAGGAUAUAUCUAUAUCUAUUUUGCCUGAAUUAGUUCGUUACGUCCUGUACGCACCCAUAAAAGGAACGAUACGUAAAAUAAAAUAAAUACGGGCGUAUUUAGGACUGAAAGAAGACUAAGACUAAGGUGUCUAAAACUGAAAUCGUAUCAACGUAUACAUGACGGAACUGUCGGAGCUAACUAGCUUAAUUUGCCGUUCAAUCAUCAGCCUAGCCUCUUAAAAGUGCAGUUUAACUAGCGGCCUGAAUGAUGUUCAUCCAGUGGAUUAAACAGCUAGGCGAGACUGGGAUCGAUGACGUUUCAUUACUUGCCUGUUGACUAAUUUAAAUUUAGUUCCACUCUCUGCCCCUAUCAAACGAAACUCUUAACGUUGACAAACCACAACUUUGAUGGUGUUUUCUAUUGUUAAUUUCAAACAACAAGAACAAUGACAGAGUAAAGUGACAAUAAUAAUGCGAAUUUACCUGUGACUGACUCUGGCAAUUUUUUUUUUUAAAUAUUGUUUUAUGUCAGAUGUGUCAACUUUUUUUCUGACCGUAUGAAUGGCCUUAGCCAGCCAUUUAAAUGUUGUUACGAACGCUACGGCUAAAUAUCUUUGAGGCCGCAAGUUAAACGGCGCUGUGUAGUUAAAAGGCUAGGCUGUUAAUUGAACGGCUAAUUAAGCUAGUUGGCUGCGACAGAACUAUCAUAAAAUUCGCGCUUCUGACGUUUCCAAAUCAGCUAUAUAUACAACAAUACAAAAACGAAUAAGAUAAAAUCACCGUUCUAAUACUAAAUUCGAUCAUUUAUGUAUUCUGUAGAAAAAACGGUUUCAAUAUGAAAAUCUACGAGUCUUUAAAACGACAACUGAUGAUUCAAAGGCUUAGGAUGAGAGAUUAUGAGCGAUGACAAAAAUUUGCCAAAUAAUGGGGUAAUUGGAUGUGAUGAGCGAGCCCGUUUAAAAUAUCAUCCCCAAAAAUUAUGAAGCUACAAACAGUUGAAUAACCGCUGGCUUUGGAGCAGUGAUUUCCGAAAUGGUGCCACGUCCCGUGGGGGUACUAUUUUAUUAAAAUUAUUUGGAAUUUGGAUUUUAGAUUGGAUUCAUAUUCAGUAUAUGUUUUGAAAAUUUAAUUACUGUGUUUAAAUAACAAUUUCCUAGUGAUUUUAGGGAUUUCAUUAUCAUUUAAGUUUCUUAAGUGAACCAGUAAUAAUAUUAAAAAUUAUAUGUUAUGUCAUAAGAAUUUUAGAAAGGCUAUGGUGGGGCAUGGUACAAAAAAUGUUGGUUAAUACUAGCUUAGAGGAUCUGGUAUUAAGUAAUCUUUUUAAAAAUCGGUGAAAGUAUAAUGAGACUAAGAAAAAUGCGAAAAACAUUUCAACGCGAAAUUUACCUAAUUUCGGCAGUACCAAGAGACAAUACUGGCAAUAUUUUGAAAUGUUGCUAUAUCAAAAAUAAAUAUUAGGGAUGUAAUAACAUUUUAUGAAGACUUGUGAAAGGUCAAAAAUGUAAAAACAUUUCGAUGAAGAUUUAUCGGAAAUAAUAUACAAAAGAAAAUCAUUGUUUCAUCAAAUUAAUUCACAAGCAAUAACACUUGUGUUCCACAUACAUUACAUAUAACGUGGGUUCAUGUGAAUAAAUUAUUUGCCUUAGAAAUAUGUGGGCUAUGGGGACAGGCUCUUGGAUGACCUCAUGCCUAUGAAUGGGACUAUACAUAACAGUUAUUUUUAUAUUAAUCGUCUCGCCAGUGAUCUUUGUUAUACUGUAAAAUAAUAACGAUAAUAUUUGAUUUAGAUAAAUGUCGUUUUGUAUCUGUUGAAUUAAAGAUUGACAAAUAUUAAAAUGAUGUAUGAGAUGACAUUUCGAAAAAAUACCUUUAAUACUUUGCGUGAUGUUGAAAAAAUCCAACGCAAGAAAAGAAAAAAAUGUUGAAUAAAACUAGGGAUGCAUCGAUACGCUUUUUACCGAUACGAAACCGAUGCCGAUACUCUUAAAGAAAUAUCAUCGAUAUAGAUACCAACGCUUAUUGAAUUAAAAUUAAUUAAAGGUAAAAUAUAUCAAGUUUGGUUAAAAGUUUUUAAUUUUUAUUAAAAAUAUAAACAGUCACAAACUUUGAAUAAGAUUAAAGGUAUAGUUAUUAAAAUUACGAUUAAAAUAAAUAACUGUUAAUAAUGAAAAUUAACAUAGAUAAGAUUUUUUUUAAUUCUGUAUUUUAUUUGAUUUGGUAUCGAACAAAUACUAAUCGCGAUAGCGGUUAAAAGCCAACUAAAGUGUCGAGCGAAAUGGAAUACGCGGGGACAGCGGGUGAGAGAGACAACAAACUGAAUAAAACGCGGGGCUUCCUCGGGCACAGAUAGUCCGUGCCUCGUUUGCAACGAACUACAUCAAACAAGAUUCGCGUUGGUAUUACUUUUUUAAAGUGCGAAAUUUCAAAAGUAUCUACAAUUAAAAUAUUGCCGAUGCCGAUAUAUCGGUAUAGAUAUCGGGAUGCAUCCCUACAUAAAUACUCUUCCAAUAUUAUUCCUUGAUGUUUUUAAACUUGUAUUUUGCAACAAAAUCUUGAUUUUUACGUGUGUCAAAUAAUUUUAUAGUCAAAAUAUUGCUAGAUUAAUUUUGACUUAAAUACAAUUUUCUUUUAUUAUAAUAUUUUGGUUGGUAAAUAUAGUUAUAAACUGUCUAGAAAAAAUUAACAAGUGUCUAUUACAUUGACGUAUAGAAAAAAAGCAAAACAUUUUUAAAGACUUAACAGAAUUUUUUGUAGAAUGUAAUUAAAAAUGUACUUAAGAUUUCGACUGUUCUCCAUAUUUGAUGGGCCCUUUACGUUAUGCGAUUUAACGUUGUGCCAAGAAGAAGAGGUAAAGUAAAAUAAAUAUUUUUUGUAAGAUUAAUUCUAUGAAAUAUCAGAACUAUAGUACCAAUUUGACUUUUUUUUUCUUCUUUUUGGCUCUGGCACGGUUUGUGCAUUAGCCAGCGUCAAGUAUACCAAUUAUACUUGAUUGAUAAAUAAGCAAUAAGACAGUUUGCAACAAAGUUACCCCACAGGAAUAUUUUUUCCAAUAAAUAGGGAGAUUAUAUUUUAUGUAUUAUAUAAUCUCCCUAUUUUAGUAUAUUUGGUAUGUUUGUAUUUGUUUGUGUUUAGUAUUUUUGACGUUUAAAAAAAAAGUAAUUCCUUAUUAUCAUAUAAACUCUAUAUUGAAUACUCCCUCUACGUUACAUAUCUAGGAGUAUAGUUUAUUGGAAAUUGUGCCUGUAUCGAUCAUAAUCAUUUAUAAAUGCUUCAUAAGUGUUGUGUCACUAUUACAAUAUUAUAUAAAUCGAAGUAUAUACUCGUAAGUUAGAUAGUAUUUGAUGGUAAUUUCUUAAUGGGCGAAUUUUUUUAUAUAAUUGUAAUGUUUUUUGCUACGGUUACUUCAUUUAUAGCGAAUCCUAUUGACGUUGUAGUCAUCUUAAUAUAGUGCAAUAUAUAUUAAUUAUAACAAUAUAAUAUAUACAUCAUUUUUAAUAAAAUAUGUCUAUACUUUUUAUCUAAUUAAGCAUUGUACAUCAUAAGAAAUUGUGUGUCCAUUUAAAUUUCAAACAAUACAUAACUAAUAAAAAAAAGUAAAUAGUAUUCACGUCUUAUAGGUAUGGUUAUUACAUUAUUUAACAACGUUAGUUCCUGGUUUCGUUGUGGAACAAAAAUAUAAUAGGUAACAUUCACUAAGUUUGGGUUGUUUAAGAAUAGAAAUGUUGACUUUUUAUUUAUGAAAUUAUUUCUAUCAAUAAAAUAAUUAUUAUCCGAGUACUUACUUCCAUGAUUUAUAUUGCAUAUUAGUAAAAACAAAAGCCAUUCAAUAGUGAGCGACUUUUUCAUUGAUUAAGUAAGUACAAUUAAUAAUUAUAAUCACUAAGGUUUUUAAAGAAUUAAAAUAUUUUAUACAAAGUUUACAAAACAUUUCAUUUAAACAAAUAUGAAAGAUCUCCAUUUCUGAAACUUAUUAGGACUUUGUUGCAUUUCCAAUACAUUACGGUAAGAAUGUUGUAUGUAUUGUAACUUGUAAGGGAUUUUUAUAUAUCUACUCUCGUACGCCUAUAAUAUACAAAAUGAAAU